CGGUCGGUGUGAGAGGUGCAACGAUUCUUACUCUUAUGCUGUGGGCCAGCCACUGUCAAUGCGACAAGACUCAGCUUAUUCAUGUCAAUAAUUCUUUUGACACUCAUUUCACUGAAUUCUUUUUACUUAAUUUCGAGUGAACAUUGACUUGGCGUUUGCGCUCGGAACCAAUCGUGAAAUUACGGUAGUUCAUAAAUUUUAGCUAUAUCAAUAAACAAAACGGUGACAGGAACCUUUUAGUUAAGAAUAUUCUAUAUAAACUGAUACGUUUCGGAAAGUCUUGGCAUGACGCGCAGCCUCCUGGCGCUGCUGUCCCUGGUGGUUCUACAGUCGGUAGCCGAGCGCCUGCCGCGGGACGGCUGCUCGCAGGGAUGGGAACGAUGUGCUGGCCAAGGUCUGUGCGUGCCGUCAGGUUGUUCAGAUGAAAGUCUGCUGGAUCGCUCAGUCCCGUGCGGUGGAACGAUGGUCUUCUGUCCUACCGCAGCGGCCUGCAUCGCGCCCUGCAACGACGGGGUGGCGAGCUGGGGCAGUCCCAGCAAUGCCCAGCUGCCGGGCCCUUGUGCCCCUGGGCUGGGCUUUUGUGCUAGCACGGGACGCUGCGUGCCGCCCUCAGGGUGCAGGUCCGAGGAGCGCCCCAGAGCGUCCCCCUGUCCGCCGGGCACUCACUUCUGCCCUGCGCAGGGCGGCUGCAUCCUGGGGCAGUGCGGGGCUAGCGGCCAGACACGCGGCGAUGUCACCAGGGCGUCAAGACCUGUCAAGUGCCCGCCUGGCAUGGCGUUCUGCAUGGGUCGCGGCGAGUGUACGGAGCCCGGACGAUGUGAUGAGUCAGCAGCGCUAGCCACCAACAGCGAACGGGGCGAGGCCUGCGCUCCGGGACAAGUGUUCUGUGUCGGUCGUGGCGAGUGUACAGAGCCCGGACGAUGUGAUGAGUCAGCAGUGCUAGCCGACAACAGCCAACAUGAAUCAGCAGUGCUAGCGACCAACAGCGAACGCAGCGAAGCCUGCGCUCCAGGACAGGUGUUCUGCGCGAUGCUGGGCGCCUGCGUGGCCCCUGAUGCCUGCGGUGGGGCGGCGGCGAAUGCUCGCUCACAGUCCCGCUCUGGGGCCAGCUGUGGGCCAGGACAGGUGUUCUGCCUGAGUCGCGGCGAGUGUACGGAGCCCGGACGAUGUGAUGAGUCUGCCGGUCUCGUCUCCAGCAGCGAACGCGGCGAGGCCUGCGCUCCGGGACAAGUGUUCUGCGCUAUGCUGGGCGCCUGCGUGGCCCCUGAUGCCUGCGGUGGGACGGCGGCGAAUGCUCGCUCACAGUUCCGCUUCUCCGGGGCCAGCUGUGGGCCAGGACAGGUGUUCUGCGCGAGUAGCGGCGACUGCGUCGAGGACGGCCAGUGCGGCGGCCAUGACGAGGACGAGCUGCAGGAGGGCGACCACCAAGUCUGCGGCCUGGACGAGGAGUUUUGUGUGUCAUCACAAAGCUGUGAAGAGGUCGGAAGUUGCAACGAUACCAGCAAUAACAGCACGUUUUCCAGCACCACCAGCAACACCACUAGCAACACCACGGCUUGUCCUUCUAACCAACAAUUCUGCCUGUCAAGUCAGCGUUGUGAACCGCAAGGAGGCUGUAGCGCGCCAAGCCAACCCUGCCCACCUAAGAUGACGUACUGCAUGUCCGUGGGCGCGUGUGUGCUGGAGCAGUUUGGCUGCACUGCUAGCUUAUUGCCCAGCAGACCUGGAGGAGCAGGGGGGUCGGUGUUCCCUGGGAUGCCGGCCUUCGCGGGGGGCGAGCUGGACGAAGCUUCGCUCAAGUCCAUGUGUCUCCCUCUCUCAGGCGCCUGCGGCUCCAACCCUCAGUGCCAGAAUCUCUGUGCAGUGACUUCUGGCAACAACUCUACUCCGUCGUGCCCAGCUUUGAACUUCACCACCUGCCUGCUGGAUGACAAUUGUCCAGCUGGUCUCGCCUGCUGCCCUGAUCCCAACACUGGGCACAAACAGUGCGUGGCGGCGGGUGGUGCAGCUUCUUCAUACGACGCGACGUUGCUGUCUGUGUGUGACGCGCUUACGAACGCCACGCACAGCACGGGCGUGGUGUGUGAGCUGCCGUCGGACUGUCCCCCGCUGUCCGUGUGCUGCUCUGGCCAGUGCAAGAGCACCGCCGGCACUCAGCAGUGCCCUGCCUACACGCUGUACUGCAAGCACACGAAGAAAUGCCUGCGCGUGGGCGAGCGCUGUGGCCUCAAGUGCGGCCCCACCGCCGUGUACUGCAUCGCCCGCGACGAGUGCACGCGACCUGACGACUGCGAGUUUGCCGCCUACACAAGUGGAAGCCCGUGGAUGAUGCCGAGUGUGGCUUACGUGGGUGGCGAGGAUGACGCGCAGCUCAGGCCCUCCGAGUCGACCCUCGCCCUCAUCCUUGGCGACGGUCUCACCCAGCAGCAGCUCGAUAUGUCCCUGUCUGUUGUGAACGCCUCCGGCUAUCCUGGCACGUGGCAGACGAAGCAGAACGACGUAUGGACGGACAUGAACCUGAAGGGGAUCUUCAACCUGCCCAUGAAAACUCCUUUCCGCUUCCUACCGGACGAGAAAAAGGAUGACAGGAUAUUCUCCUACGCUCUCCUCAGGCUUAUUGACCAGAGCGGCAUCGGUCGGUCCGUGGUACAGCUCGUGGCCCCAGCCCCAUACCCAAUGUCUACGAAGCUCACCGCUGCCUACGUCGAGGUGUUGGAAGACGAGGUCACGCUCGUCUCCCUGGACGCCUUCGUCGGCGUCAGCAGCCCGCCCCUGGAGUACAUUCAGCCAUGGCUGGACGCCCCGAAACUUCGUUCGACGCUGCAGAACUCUGACUUGCUGGAUUUCACGCACCCUGCUGUGAAGACCUUCCUGACGCAGCUUGACAACGCCACUUACGCCCUCACUCAGCACCCUGCCGCAGCCAGGUUUCCUCCUGCUGCCCUCAGACUCAAGAUCGCGGACAUGAAUAAUGCCAAGCCUCUCGUGCAGCUCGCAUUUUCCACCGACGAUCGCUUAUGGACGAGCAUCCCAAAGUUUUCGCUACUGCAAGUGCCAUUCGGCACAGCGGCUGACUUGUCCAGGGUGAAGCUGAAGCUGAUCCCGUACCCGAACAUGGCGGGCAGGACGACGCUCUCCGUCAGCUCAGGACAGUUCCCUAACGCUUCAACCGUCGCCAUCCUGCCCGACGACAUGCUGCCGGGACCUCGGUCCUAUUAUCUUUACCAGCGAGGCCGCAAUGUCACUAUCGAGGUUCAAGGAACAAAUGACGCCCCGGUUUCUCUUGACGUCGUCAAUUUCCGCUCAGUUCCAAAGCUGUCACAGCAAAAUAUCGAAACUGGUUUCUCGGUUGCGAACCUGAGCUCGCUCUUCUACAAGGACGUAGACGCUGGGGGCGGCUUGGGGAUGGCCGUGUUACACGCCAAACAAGGCCCCCUGGGCCGCUGGCAGUACAGGACGGCGGGUGCCAACAAUUGGAUCGCAAUCGAUAACUUGAACCAGUUGCCAAUCGACAAGCCUGUGCUGACUGGCGGAUACCAAGGCUUCGUGGACAUGAAGCAGACGUUGCUGGGCACGAACUGCAGCCUGGAGCAGAACCCGGCGGCCGUCAUCGCGGACGCGACGUGUCGUCAGAACUUGGAGUCUGCGGCGAGGAUGUCUGCGCAAAUGCGUAGUACCAGCACAGAGCAGCAGCAACUGGAGACCUUGCAGCGCGCGGCGCUCCGGCAGCUACAAGCCACCUACAGCAAUAGAACUGACGGCCGAAUGCAGCUCAGCAGAGGCUAUCCUAUGGUUCCUGGCGUGUUCUUGCCGCCGUCUGCCUUCCUUCGGUUCCUACCAAACGCGUCGCUAGCGCGGCCCUGGGGCAAAGUGGACGCCAUCCUGCACACGUCGCUUAUGUUCACCGCCUGGGACCUGAGCGAUGUACAGAACACUCAGAACGCUGUCGUCAAGAACGUCCAGAUCUUUAACUGUCCUCUGUGCGGAGGAGGUAGCAGCGGGGCGCUAGUCCCCGCCAUGAUUGUGGCUGAGUGGGAAGCCUGUGGCGGAGGUGCUGUCAUCGAGGCCAACAUGGCGGUGGCGAGAGACGCGUGUGGCGUGUGUGGCGGCAACAACUCCACUUGCACUGACUGCCACGGAGACGUCGGUGGCAACGCGGUGUUCGCCUGCGGCAAGUGCGUAGGAGGCAACACAGGCGUACAGCUGAGCAGCGUGCGUAACUGCGCAGGCGCUUGCAUCACGCCAGGCUCGAGCGCUGCGAGCGUCGUGUGCAGCAUGAGUCUCUCCGACGCUGUCAUGUGUGAUGGACAGCGCGGCUCAAAUGCAAGCAUCAAUGCGUGCGGCUACUGCGUGCUGGGCAACACAACUCUCCCCAAGGACCACGGGCUCGACAAGUGCGGCGUCUGUGACGGCACCAACGCCUGCGUCGGCUGUGACGGCGUCCCGCAGUCCCGCAAAGUGACGGAUUUAUGCGGCAAAUGUCGGGCGCCUUCUGAUCCCGCAUUUAACAACUGCACAGCUGUUGGCUCGCUGCAGCCAUCAGUCCUGGACGUGGCCAUGAGCGUCGGUCUGUCCACCAGCAGCUCAGGCCGGACUGUGACACUGCGGGCGCAAGUGGCUGGGCUCAGGAGAACUACACACAGCCUCGUGAACUGCAGCCUAAUCGACGCCAAUGCUAACAAAAUAAUGGCAAGUAACACAAUCUUCCGCGAUGACGUGCUCGUCCUUGGCUUUGGCACCUUACGAGAGGGAUCCUGGAACCUGGAGUGUAACUUUGCAACUAGGCAGCCAACAUCGACGCCUGUACAGAAUGGUUCUCAGUUACCAACACCUUCUCCUGGCACACGUACUGGUCCACCUGGCAACGGUCCUCCUCCUUCUGGCAACGGUCCCCCUCCCCCUGGCAACGGUCCCCCUCCUCCUGGCAACGGUCCCCCUCCCCCUGGCAACGGUCCCCCUCCUCCUGGCAACGGUCCUCCUCCCCCUGGCAACAGCCCUCCCCCUGGCAACAGCCCUCCCCCUGGCAACGGUCCUCCUCCAAGUACUGGAGCGCCUCCAGCAGGAAGUACUCCAUUGCCGACAACUAGCGGCGCUCUCGCAACUCCCACCCAAGGAAGCUCCAACUCUGCGGCCGGAAUGGUUGGCGUUGUGACGAUCACGGUGCGCUCGAACUCAUCGAUCACGGUUGCCGACUCAACCAAAGCAAAGAUCAGCAUUGAAUCGAACAGCCGCAUAGAGAACAAGACUCCCAUCCCGGUUACCGUUAAAAUAGAGAGUGAAAAGUUGUCUGAAGAGUCACGCUGCGUACUGGUGUACGGAGCGCCGUUGCCGCAGCUGGUGAUGGGUCUGGAGACGACGAGCGUGGACACGGCCAGCAACAGGAUGACUUGCAUUGUACCCACCAACGCACCUGUCGGGACUGCCUCCAUCGGGGCCUUGCUCAUACCCGGCGUGCUCCGUUUUGUUCGAGACGGGUCAGUGAAGCUACAGUAUGCGACUCUGGAAAUUGUUGGUCCCGCACCCAACGCCUCAAACGCCACUCUGUCGCCCAGCGGCCGCAGGCUCGAAGUCGUCUUCGACACCAACAUUGCUCUCAAGGGCGACUGCUUGAAGGUCUUCACAGACACUAAUUCCUUUGGCUCCGGCGCGACGUGCAAGGUUCGUGAUGACCGCCUCAUCUACUCGCUCGGAUCGGACGCUACCGUGGCAGCAGGCACGGCGCUCUCCUUCUCGUCGGCGGGCGGCAGCGUCACGCAGUUCACCGUCGGCGAGGCUUCGUUGCCCUCUGCUGCUGGGAAAAUCACAGUCGUUCAGCCUGUGACGAAGGAAAAGUCGCUGGACUUCGAGCUGGUCGGUGAUCAUCAGGCUUGUAACGGCACGCAAGUGAGGAUCCUGGCGAAGCCUGAGCGCUAUUUGCUCUUCAAAGACGAAGCGCGCGUCUUUUGGAACAUCACCUUUGAUACAAAGGGCUCGUCCAUGCUUCAGAAAGACGUGCUUGACACCUGGGACAGCAUCCACAAACUCAGAGAUAAUAUGAAGAAAGAAGUCACGAAUGAGGGGGAGGCCAUCGUUCUGCAAGGAAACAUAUUCAAGCCAGGUCUGGCAUACCUGGUGAUAGCUCAGGCAGAGUCAACGGACGGGUCAGACUCAAGCGAGCCGAAGGGCAUCACAGUGAAGCAGCUGCCAGUGAGCAGUCAGUACCGCGUCACUAUCCAGGGCCCAACGUCCAUCGCACCGGCUUUCCAGUACGGAUACCAGGCCAUCGUCGACGCCUGCAAUAAUGCCGACGACUCCUCCAUUUCAAAGCUCAAGUACUUUUGGACACUUGACGGCGACGCAAGCGUGUUUGCUGACUUCAACGGAGACACCGUCAACUUGCCCAUGAACCUCGUCACGGGCGGACAGACGCAUGUCAUCGGUGUCACUGUCAUGCAGGUGGAUGCGCCUUCGAACAUGGGGCAGGGAGAACUUCUGAUCAAGACUCAGUCUCUAGGCCUCGAAGCUGUGGUAUCAACCACCAGCCUCAGGACAGGCACGGGCAACAUGAUACGUGUGAGCGGCAGCCGUUCCCGCGACCGCGACAACAUGCCAGGAAAUAUGGCCUUUCUGUGGACGUGUGAGACGAUGAAUGGCAGCGGGUGCUUCGUCAGCGGGGCGGCCGGGACGGUGGCGCGUUUAGAGGUGCAGCUCAAGAACGCCACGACGAACAUGAACCUUGUCAUUCCGGCCUCCGUCCUGCAGCCUGGCAUGUAUAAGCUGACACUGACGGUGUCCAAGGACACUCGCACGGCGUCCGCGUCUCUUAACCUCGACUUGCAGCCGGGCACACUGCCCGAGGUCUCCCUGGAAGAAUCUAUAAUCCAGGCCAUUCCGAAUGAAAAGGUGGUAGUGAGGGCCUUCUUCACGGCCGACGCGGACGCCGAGGCGCAGUGGCAGCCAGUCGUGCAGAGAGGAUUCUCGUACAAAGAAAUAAUCAACGCGUCUGUUGGGGCGGGCCCCACCACCUUCGAGGGAGAAUCGAACCGACGUCCGUUUCCUCUGAUAAUCUCGCCCGCGUCGUCCGCCGCCGGGCAGCGUUUCGAGGACGACUCCCGGUACAAGUAUCGCCUGCUGGUGACCAGCGGCCAUGGGGCAGAUGCCAGGGCUGGUUAUGCUGACGUCAUCGUCAGAACUAAUUCCCCUCCUACGGACGGAAGCUUCAAGGUUCAACCGGCUUCGGGUGAAGCUCUCGUGACGCAGUUUGCCCUCCUGGCCGAGUUAUGGACGGACGAUCAGUCGGACUACCCACUGAGCUUCACCUUCGGCUACAGCGUCAGUGGGUUGGGCGGCGGCAAGACGAUCUGGUUGAGCACCGUUCAUGGCGACGCCUUCAGCAUGAAUGUCUCUAUUCCCGUCGUGAAGUCUGGCUCGACUGGCGCGAUGGUGUGGCUGCGUGUCUGCGACUCACUCGGCCUCUGCACCGAGCAAUCGAAACCCGUCACCCUCUCCCUGCCGUCUGCGAUGUCGGCCCAAGUCUUGGGGCAGCUGUCGGCGGACAUCGCCUCGAGCAUGGCGUCGGACGACUCGGUGGAGGCGGCGCUUCAGCAGGCGGCUGGUGUCAUGGCCACCCUCAACGCUCUGGGCGACACAGACAACCUCGACCUCGUCAGGCUCCUCGUCGAGAACCAAGCCAAGAAAAAGAUCAGUGACAUAGAAGGACGGCUUGACGGCAAUGCGGGGGCACAGGCAGCUGCGUUUGGUUUGCUGAGCGGCUCGCUGUCCCUCAUGAACGAAGUGGACUUGUCGCUGGAGCUGAUGCUGCAGCUGCAGAGCCUCAACACCAAACUCCUGAGCGUGAUCAGCGGCAAGCCUGCGCAGGACUUCUCCAGCGACCAGCAAAUGUACGACCGCAUAAGCUCAGCGUCGUCGGGGUCGGGCGCCCCCAUCUACUACCCCAAGACUGACGAGGACCUCGACGCGCUGAGGAACGGCGGCGCGCCCUCCGGCCGCAAGAAGCGAUCCACCGACGCUGCGGCGUCGCCGGCAUACUCGCCUAUGACGGAUGCACAAGUACGAACGAGCAUCAAAAUAACCGAGGCCAUAAUCUUCGCAACAAAUGCGACUGACGGCACCACAAGCACAGCGAUGGACAGCUUGAUCAGCAACAUGCAGACGUACGCGGCGGGUCUGUGUCUGUCACAGACAGUAGUAGGCCAGACGCAGACCGUGGCUGAGAAGCUCGUGGGCUUGAGCGUGAGCAGGAGUACGCUGGUGGACGAGGUUGACCACCGCUACCCUCUUGUUAAAGACUUGAACAAUACCAGGAGCUUCAUCACCGACCCUAAUUAUGUGGUAUGGGGCCCUGUAGUGCAGCAGUUCCAGGAAUGGAAGUGUGGGCAGAAGGACCCGACGACAGGCAACGAUGUCAGUUGCUACGGGGCGUGCCUGGUGCACAUGCAAUUCCAGUACAACAUCACCGCCCCCAGCAUGAGUGACUGGGCUAGGGUCGGGCGUGGCUUGCAAAUAAGAGGCGAGAUGGUUCGCACGGCGUUACUGAACCCUGUCACCGGGGCGGAGGUGAACGCUUCGGCAACCACCACACCGUCGGAGUAUUCCAUCAAGCUCAACAACACCAGCAUCAGUAACGACAGGGACUUCAAGUGUCUAUUUUGGCGCGACUCGAUGUGGAAUAGGACGGAAUGCAACACAACGAGCAUCAUCUCCGACCAAGGCGUGGCGUAUCUCGGGUGCCGUUGUCCCGUACCUGGAUACGUGGGAUCCUUCUCGGUGCCGAAGCCCUCCAACGUCUCCUGGAACGCUACGAGCAUCGGGCGCAAAUUCAAGCGUGUAAAGUUCAUUAUAAAAGAGAACUACACGGCGGUAGUGGGCGAAAAGAAGAAAGAGUUCGAAGCAGCCCUCACCAUCCAAACUGCUGCCAGACUCAAGGUCUCGCCUGACCAAAUUGUCAACCUCACCGUCAGUAAAGGAAGCAUCGUGGUGGAUUUCCUACUGAUGCAAGAGACAGGAUCGUUGCGUGCCGCCAGUAUGGAGGACGUCGAUAUCCUGUUCGGCCAGCUCCAGGAUCUCAUCAACUCGGGGCAACUGUCCUUUAAUUUCACCUCGCAGGCGCUCACUGUGCUGCCUCAGAGCCUGGACGGCUCCGGCCCUCCGGCCAUCAGUCUAGCAGAGCAGAACAGAACACCCAUCAUCAUAGCGGGUGUGGUGGGAGGAAUCAUGGUCAUCGGCAUCGUGGUGCUCGGCUGCGCCAUCUACAGGAAGAACAAGAACAACAUGGAUAAAGUCAGCGCGCUGCAGUCGACACCAGUCGGGAACUUGCCGCCAUCGUACCGCUCCAUCCACUUCGAGCAAUCGCUCGACGGCUCCGGCGCUGCGCUCGCCAAGCGCAACCCUCACUACGCAGACCUGGACACCAGCGGGGCGUACACAGGUGAUGGCUUGUACAUCGAGCACCACGGCAAGAGCAGCGCCUCCAGCAUGCGCUCCAGCGGCCUAGGCUCGUCUGUAGGGUCGGGAGGCCUCGGCGUCAUUGAUGAUGACGAGGCCCCGGUACCGGCGCCCUUCAGGUACAAGAGCCCCACGGCGUCUGAGCUGGACCGCUCCGGGCCCAUCCCACCACACAUCCUCGAGCAGAUGAAGGAGGAUGAAGAGAAACUCCCGAAGCCUGGCAACGACUUGCCGUAGAUUUCGUGGAUUCCUCCCCAACAUACCACGACGCCGGAUGCUCUGUGAUCAGUUAUAGUCGUUCAAAUCAUCCUUAUGCAUUUGUCUUUAUUAAUUAGUUUGACACAACUGGUUUCAAUAGUUAGUUUCCUGUCGUAGAAUAUUAUCUAGCGUGAUUCUCCAGAACGUUCUAACCUAAAAGUUAUCAAGUCAUAAUCUCUUUGAUUUUUACACUCAAUGCAUCGUUUGAAAGUUUGCGUACUUUUACGUAACUUUAUUAAGUUAGUGGGCAAAUUGAACUUCUAUUCGCCUUGAACACAGCGUAUUCUUUACAUAUCGAUGCUGUGCCUUAAAAUACCAGCGUAACGUAGUUAUAAAUGCGGAGUGUUUUCAUUUCGUUUUAUUUUAUAUUAAUGCACAUGUCCCAGCACACCGGCCUUUAUCAUCAGGCAUACAAUGUCGCAAAGCAACUUAUACUCUGCCCAUUGUCCUAACAAGUGUUGCUCCAAGCUAGAACAGAGUUGCAAAUACCAUUUGCAUAGAUUAUGUUAUUUUAACUUCUAAAAAUUAUUUAUACACGAAUGUUCUUUUGAUUAGUAGAUGAUGGGCUUCUAUCUAGUUUGCACAAUCUGAACAUUAGAAGUAUAUCAAAUUUUCUUUUAAAAGAAAUACGAUUGAGUGUGUAUGUACGUUACUAAUUCAUUUUAAGAUGUAUAGUUGCUGGCAGCAUAUAUUGAGCCAUGUAUUCUGAUAAAAUUGUUAAUUUCAUGACAUUCUUUGAGAUUGAAAUUGUUUAAAAUUUUUGUGCACGAUACUUGCGAAUUUUAUGUUUAAUUUUAUCAAUAUUGGCAAAUAAAACUGGAAGAUCUCAA